UGUGUGGAUGAGCUGAGGGAAGCAGCAGCAACUUAACCAACCUGAAUGUUGCGCAAGUUGUCUGCGAAUUAGAAACCUGUGGAAUGGAGAACAGCGUGGACGAGUGACACUGGUUCAGUUAGUCCAGAGUUACCAGAUGAGUCUUUUGUAAAAAAACGUGGGGCUCCGUGUCGGGUGAUGCACUGAUGAUUUGAACACAGUUUGGUGCUCUCCAGUUGCCUUGGUUUCUGUAAGCAGGCAGUUGGGCGGCUUUCCACCGUGUUAAAAGAGUUUCACCGUCCUGAGCUGAGGAAUAUUAAACAUGACUGUGGCCAAUGCAAAGUCUGGCAAAGCCAUGCAGCAGGUACUGGACAACCUGAAAGACCUGCCGUCAGGCUCAGGAGCCAAAGAUAUUGACCUCAUAUUCCUCAGAGGCAUCAUGGAGAGCCCCAUCGUCCGCUCCCUCGCAAAGGCCCAUGAUCGUCUUGAAGAAGUUAAGUUAAAAGCUGUGCGGGACGAUAAUGUUCAGCUGGUCACAGAGAUCUUGGAUUGCCUCAACAACCUGCCAGAAAAAGAUGCUACCGCUGCCGAGCUUGUCAAAAUCCUUCAGGAGCCGCACUUUAAGUCUUUGAUAGAGGCUCAUGAUAAAGUAGCUGCAAAGUGCUAUGAAAUGCCCCACACUGCGGUGAACAGCAACGCCUUGUUGACGAGUUCACUCAUGCCAGCUGAUGCUGUCAGGAUGAUUGGCAUCCAGAAGAAAGCUGGGGAACCACUGGGGGUUACGUUCCGUGUUGAGCGGGGAGAUAUGGUGAUCGCACGGAUCCUGCACGGCAGCUCGAUUGACAGGCAGGGCAUGCUGCACACAGGAGACAUUAUCCGCGAGGUUAACGGUCGUGCGGUCGGUCAGAGCCCCCAUGAACUCCAGGAGCUGUUGGGGGACUGCAGUGGGAGCAUCACACUCAAGGUCCUGCCCAGCUACAGAGACACACCGACACCUCCACAGGUUUAUCUGAAGCCCCACUUCAACUAUAAUCCAGCCACAGACAGCUUGAUCCCCUGUAAAGAGGCUGGCCUGGCCUUUUCCAAGGGAGACAUCCUUCACGUAGUCAACAAGGAGGACCCCAACUGGUGGCAGGCACGCAAAGUUGUUGGUGGAGCGACUGGUCUCAUCCCCAGUCAGUUCUUGGAGGAGAAGAGGAAAGCUUUUGUGAGAAAAGACUUGGAUACUUCUGGUACAGGGUUGAUCUGCGGAACUGCGAAGAAAAAGAAGAAAAAAAUGAUGUACCUCACUUCAAAGAAUGCAGAGUUUGACCGCUACGAGCUGCAGAUCUAUGAGGAAGUAGCCAAGAUGCCACCGUUUCAGAGGAAAACGCUGGUUCUGAUUGGAGCCCAGGGAGUUGGGAGGCGGAGCCUGAAGAACAGACUUAUCGUCAUGAACCCUCUGCGAUAUGGAACCACUGUACCCUUCACGUCACGACAUCCGCGGGAAGAGGAGAGAGACGGCCAGAACUACUGCUUUGUGACGCGAGAGGAGAUGGAGAAGGACAUCAAGGAGAACCGUUAUCUGGAGCAUGGCGAGUAUGAUGCCAACCUGUAUGGCACCAAGAUCGACUCCAUCCAUGAAGUGGUGAAUGCAAGGCGUACCUGCAUCCUGGACGUCAAUCCUCAGGCCCUGAAACUGUUGAAGACUGCUGAGUUUAUGCCAUUUGUGGUGUUUAUUGCUGCUCCUGAACUGGAUACCCUAAGAGCUAUGCACAAAGCUGUGAUAGAUGCUGGACUAACUACCAAACUUCUCACGGAGAACGAUUUGAAGAAGACUGUGGACGAGAGUGCCAGGAUUCGUCGGGCAUAUAGCCACUACUUUGACCUGACUAUUGUCAAUGACAAUCUGGACAAGGCCUUUGACAAACUGCAAGAGGUGGUAGAGCGAUUAUUCAUAGAGCCCCAGUGGGUUCCAGUCAGCUGGGUGUACUGAUGUUUUACAACCUACUGGAAAGACAUUGCUGUUCGAGCUGCUAGCUUGGUAUGAGAGGGAAUACCUUAAGGGACAGAGAAUUCAACACUGCACCCAUGGACACAUCAGACCUGUGUGAAUAUGGGUCUUGCACAAAGCUGUGGCAGAGUCACCUUGAUCUGAAUUGCCAGAUUUAUUUCUAGCUCUCUAUGCAACACCCAAUGCACAGGAAGUGUACUUAUUUAUUGGCAUUUAAAAAUAAAUAAAUAAAAGAAUACUUUCUAUUCAUGUGGAUUGGGAGAAAAUACUGGGCCUUGUGUCAGGAUAUUUUAAAAGCAAAUGCGAUUUUUGUCGUGUCCUGUUUUAAUUCUUCCGCUCUGUAUGUAAAAUAGGUAUUUAUUUAGCAAUAAAUGAGGAGAGCUUGCUCAUUGAAAAGAACGAUACCUCAGUGUUACAGUUUACAGUGCAUAUGUCUCAGUACGUCAUCUCAUUUUGUCACUACAAACUUGUCAUACAUGUAGAAUAGAAUCAUGUUUUUGAGACCUUCUUCCUCAAGGCUGCAUUUAUGCUCUGCUGUCUCUGCAGUUAAAACUCACUGUCACUGUUUUUUGUACAGAAAAAAUAAUAAUUCUGUAGUGUUUACCCAUUAUUUCUCUUUCACUCAAGCACAACAGAUUACAUUAAUUAUGUUGAUUGUUUGUCAGACAUUUAGAUCAUGUAAGUAUUUCUGACUGUUAGACCCGUCGAUAUGGUGCUGUCUUUGUUUAAAGAAACUUUCCACAGAACUCUUAACAGGGUACUUAAAUCUCAGCGAACCAUCCCUUUUGAUGUGAUAUUACUAAAACUUAACUGUUUUAAAUAAAGUUCAUAUUUACUUAUAAAAGGUAUAUUUUACAAGAAUUCAGAAAAUAUGUAUUUUCAGAUGUCAAAUAAAUAA